AUGAAUGGGAGGAGCUGCAGCGCCACCCAGCGGCCGUGGCAAUAUUUCACAAAGACGGUGCUUCUGAUGGCUGGCAGCCGCAGGUUGAAGGUGAACAUGGAGAGUCAGCAGGAACCUGCCGACGUGUUGAGGCUGCUGGAGGAAUACUGCAACCUGAGGUCACGUCCAAAGAUAUUUUACCAGUCAGCAGGGAGGCCUUCACACUCGCUAUCCAGGAGAACAAUCCAUAGAUCGCUGCCUUCAUCUCAGCAAUACUUUUUUAAAGUAGUGGCUGACUCCCCUAGAGAUUCUGAACCUGUGAUCAAAGCGCAGGGUCCAGGGGGGACUGAGAAAACGGUCCCGGAGCGAUUGGCCCAGAUCGCAGAUUUGGCACCGAUCACAGACCAGAACCUGCAGACGCAAGAUGAGAUCAUCCGGAGACUCGUCCAGCUGCUGAUAACGUUUGGAGAUGACAUCGAAGAGAAGCUCAAACAGAACCCGGCCUUGAGGCAGCAACUUCAGAACCUGAACUACGGCAUGUUUGAGAAGCUGACUUCCACCGUGCAGAACCUUGUGGCGCCGUCGGGGCGGGCAGCGGGUUCUGACCCUCCGGCCCAGAAGCAGAGGAUCGCCUGGGCCUUUGAGGUGACCAGCAGGCUGUCAGCCGUGGCGGUGGUCCACCGCAGGGCGGUACUGAACUUCGGAGCCCGAUACAUCGAGGAGAACCACGCUGGCUGGCUCCAGCAGCAUGGAGGCUGGGAGGAAGCUUUUGACUGAUCUGCAGAUCUGUCAGAUGGAGGCGACCAAACUGUGAACGACCUGAAGAUAUUUAUUGUUGUUUUUUAUUUAGAUAUUAUUCUGAAUGUUUUGGAAUAAAAUGAAAAUUCUAAAAUAAACUG